CAGAGAGGCUUCCUUCUGGGCCAAUCGGCCCUCCGUGCUGUCAGCUGAACACCGGAUUGGAUGUUGAUAAGCUGUCCUGUUCUUCAGCGCAGCAAUUCAACUUUGUCCCUUUAAACAGACUGUGGCAGUUCUACACCUUUCGCCAUAGAGGAGCGUAUCGAUCUGAUUGUCUGCUGCGCUUGCUCUCCUCCUGGAUAGUUUCAUUGAAAUUUCAUCAGCUACUUUGAUGUCAGGAUAAUGACGCUGACAACAGACAUGGAAACAGAGAAUUCCCUUUGUCUAAAUUACUUAUGCUUUCAGGAGCACGGAGGAAUGGACAUCUUUAACCUUCUCGGGAGCACAGAGGAGUCAGACGGUGACCACCGGUGGACACCUAAUGAUACUCCAAGCCCUCAAAGCAGUGGUGCUGAUGACUUCCUAGAUACUCUGCUGCAUGAUUCCUCCUCUGUGCCAGGGUCCCCCCUCUGGUCACCCUGUACCGCCCACAAUGGUGUUAACGAGGACAUCCUGGCUAAGCUGACAGACUGUCCCCAUCCAAUCUCCUGCACAGGGUUCCCUGCCUUCGACAUUCGGGUUUUUUCCCAGGCUCCAGAUAUGGAGAACUCGCCUGCGGCAAAAGAAAAGCUGCCUGACGUGUCCAUUGAUUUAGGCUGGGAGUCUGAGGGCUGCCAUGAGGAGUUUGGCAUUACAUGCUACCUUUCCAACAGCCAAACCCCACUGCUGCCAUCAAGCCGCGCGCUCACAGUGAAGGACCUGCUUUUAUCCAGUCUGGGACAGAACGCACAGCGAAUCUCUCAGCAGUCCUUGCAGGAGCUUGUGCUUAAUGAGGAUGAGAAGAAGCUUCUAGCUAAAGAGGGCAUAAGUUUACCCUGCAAACUGCCCCUGUCCAAGUUUGAGGAGAGGAUUUUGAAGAAGAUCCGGCGGAAAAUCCGUAACAAACGCUCGGCUCAAGAAAGUCGGAAGAAGAAAAGGGAAUAUGUUGACAGGCUGGAAGGGAGGUAAGAAAUCAACUUACUGCAGCGUCGUCACUGAAGGUGACAUUAUUAGUGAGUAGCUUGACCUAGAAAAUUACAAGUUUCAUCUGCAAUGAAUUGUACAUCCUGAAACAUCCUGUAACCUAUCGACAUAUAAAAGACCAUGAGGGGAAUCUGUGGAUCAAUGAGACAAACAUGGUGGAGGUGUUAUGACUGGGGCUGCACUGCUGUCUUAGUACAAUCUGUCGCAAUAGAUUAAUUCUGUUCUCCUGGAGGAUAAUGUUUGACCAUCUGAUUGUGAACUCAAGCUCAAGCACGCCUGGGUUAUC